AUGCAUAUGAGUGAUGUUCCUCCCCCGGGGGGGGAAGAGUCUACAGUGAAUGCAUCAGCAGGAGAAGUGACAAAAAAUGGAGACAAUCAAGAUCUAACUGCGGGUGGUAGUGACGCAGGAUGUGAUAAAUCAGACGGGUGUCACGCGGAGAAGAAGCACGCUGAGGAUGCAAGUGAGGAGGUCGCAUGUGAAGCGAAGAAAGUACGCAAGAGCUUGGAAAAGGCCGAUAAAACGGCAAAAAAGAACAAAAAGAAGAAGGCAAAAAAAGAGGCGAAGAAAAAGGACAAAGAGGUAGCGAAAAAGGGGGAAAAAAAAAAAAAAAAGGUAGCUGUGAAGGAGGCUAAAGCGAAGGGAAAAGGGAACAAAAAUAAGUCCAUCCGAACCGACGAUACCUUCUCAACUGAUUCUGAAAACGAACUGUACAACGACGACAACCUCUUCAUGCCCAGGGCGUUAAAAAAUAAUGCCCAUAAAAAGGAAAACCAAAAAAGUAAGACGAAAGAAGGAAUGCGCAAGAAAGAGACCAACCAAAUUAGCAAAAAAAAAAAUAAGAAUGAAAACAGGAAUAGCAAGAAGAAGAAGAAGAAUAAUAUGAAAAGCAAGUUCUGCACAGCCGAGUGUCUACCUCUAGACCACUACUCGGAGGCAUUCGAAAACGACCUGGCUUCCUACGCGAGCAGUGGUUUUAAAAAAUACUUGAUGUUUUUAAAAAAUUACAAAACUACCGUGGGGGUGGAGGACAAGGUGGUGACGAAGAAACCUAGGCACAUGUAUGUCUAG